CUCAGAAGAAGAAUCGUUCUUAUCGGGUGAAAAUCGCAUUGCUCCGGAGCUUUCAGACACUGUCCAUAAGCUUCCUCUGCCUCUCAGCAACAUGUCGUCCACCGACAGUAGAGACCUGGGCCGGGCGCUGUGCAUCAUCACCGGGGCCUCCAGAGGCUUCGGCCGGGCUGCAGCGAGGGAGAUGUCCCGGCUGGUGAAGCCGCGGUCAGUGCUCGUCCUAGUGGCCCGCACCGGAGACGACCUGCGCUCUCUGCAGGCGGAGCUGGCCGAGUCUGAGGAGGGUCGAGCGGGCCUGGUGGCUGAGUGUGUGGUGGCAGACCUGGGGCAGACUGAGGGAGUGGAGAGCGUCGUCAGAGCCUCUAAAGAGUGUUUCUGUGAGGACAUAGAUCACAUCAUACUGGUCAACAACGCUGCCUCCCUGGGUGAUGUGUCUCGUUACGCCAAAAGCUUCACCAACAUGGCUGAGGUGAACUCCUACCUGUCUCUCAACGUCAGCUCCUGCCUGUGCCUCACCGCCAGCAUCCUGCAGGCGUUUCCGCAGCGUCCAGGUCUGCGACGCACUGUGAUCAACGUCUCCUCGCUGUGUGCCCUGAAGCCUUUCCGCUCCUGGGGGCUGUACUGCACCGGCAAGGCCGCCCGAGACAUGAUGUUCAAGGUGCUGGCAGAGGAGGAGCCGGACCUGCGGGUGCUCAGCUACUCCCCAGGACCUCUGGACACUGACAUGCUCAUGGAGGCCAGAACCAGAACCGCUGAUCCCACUCUCAGGAAGUCUUUUACAGACAUGUUCGCUCAGGGCCAGGUGCUCACCUGUGAGGAAUCCUGUGCCAAAAUGAUGAAGCUGCUGCUGGAUGACAACUACACCUCAGGAGACCACGUCGACAUCUACGACGUGUAGACACAACAGCGCCUGCAGCCAUCCAGCACCGGGACCACAUCACUUUAUGUGCCUUGAUUUUAAAUGUAUGUCUUCAACCUUUAGCUCUCUGUCGGUGAAGGAUCAAACCAAAGUUCAUCAAAUUUAUAGUAAAAACAUUCCAGACCGACUGUCAGUAACAUCGGUGUCUGCAGUGAUGGAGAAAAUAGAUCUAAACGUAGUAGAAGCUACGGGAUGUGAAGACACAUCUGUAGACAGAUGAGACAGAUCUCAGUAAACGUGUGUUGCUUUCAGCUGAUUCAUUCUGAGGUCAGAUCCAUGUGGUGGUGGUGGUGGUGGUGGUGCUGGUGGUGGUGGUAGUGCUGGUGUCUUCACUUUCUGCUGUCUUCUAAACACUUUCUAUGAAGGAGGAUGUCAUUUGUGGAUGAACUGCUGCUUCACUUCGGGUCCAGGACAUCAGUCAGGAUCACAAUGGUUUUGAGACAUGUCCACCAAAUUUACAACAUGACAUUCAUUCGUUCAUAAAUAAGAAAACCCAUCUUAGUUUAGGAUUGUUCUUAAAUUAAACACUAAUCCCUGGUUAUUAGCAGGAGGAGGAAACAGCCAUUAUUUAUUACUUUUGACAUUUCGCCUAAGAUAAUGACAGAAGACACACACACAGACAUUUCCACCGGGACCACAUUGUUAAAGGGUCCAGCAGAAACCAGAACUGUGAAAAGCUGUAACGAAAGUUACACAGGUAAGUUUUGAGAGACAAAACAAAACUACACCGUUUACCAUAAGGCCAGAGGUAAAGAGUACUGGAAGAUUGUUCUCAGGUAAAAGCCCUUAUACUUUAUAGUACUGUUACUCCGGUAGAAGUAAAACUACUUGUUAAAAUUGUCCUCAGAUCCUGCUGAAGGAUCACUGCCACACUUAUUCUGGCUCUGUCCAGGACCAGGUCAUUUCUGUUUUUACAUAUUUAAUUGGCUUUUUAAAUAAACAACGGACUAAGAUUAUAUAAUAAUAUAAUAUUAGUUUGUUCUGACAGGACGGGGCCGCUCCCUCCCAUGAGACCAGCUCUUACAGCAGCCAGAGCUACAGCUAAUAAUUAAUAUUAAUAAACUGGAAGUCUCUGUCGUCCCCAUGUUUAAACAGGAGGCUGAAUGAGAUGUUUUCUGUUGCUGAGAUGGAACAGAUUCAUUAUAUCAAACAGAAUUUACAUAAUGUUUUUCAGAAGGCGUGGAAGCCAUUUUUGACCCUGCUAUGUUUUUUUGAUUCUCCUGAUGGACGGGACAGUCUCGUAUCUCACCUCUUUGACAUUUGUUGAUACUUUGCUGUUGGGAUCUCUGGAUAUGAAUCCCUUGUCUUUUAUGCUGUUUUGUGUAAUUGUACUUGGUGUUUUAUGUCUAUUGUUUCUACUGUGUGUGUUUUUCUAAUGUAA